AUUCGCUUUAGCGACGCACGCACGAAAUUUUCUCUUCGUUUUAACAGGGAAGCUCUUGGAGAAAUUUGAAGACAAGCACAAUGUGGGUCUUAUUACUACACGUGGCUGUAUGUGUGUCUGCCACAAUACAUGCCUAUUCCGUAACCCCACAGCGGGUCUGCUGCAAUGACCUGAGAUGUUCCUUCGGGAAGUGUAUGAAAGGAUACUGCCAACACCCAUAUAUACCACAGAAUUCGAAGCAAUGCAUGUGCUCACCUGGGUUUCUAUGUUGCAGGCUAGAAACUAACCCUACCACUACGUCAUGUGAAAAGUGCAGCAACAUGUAUAGAUGUGUGGCAAAUCAUCGGCAUUGCGCAUCUCCUGUUCGAGAUACACGCUGUAGUUGCCCUAAAGGAACGAGAUGUUGCAAAGGCCCGUUUUGUUUUGAAUGUGGAGGUCAAUGCAUUUACGGAGUAUGUGCCCGUCCCUUCUUCCAGAUCCUCAGCGCACGGUGUCCAUGUCCCCGAGGGAUGUCAUGCUGCAAAGAGGCCAAGUGUGAAACUCUAUGCAAACCUUCGAGAUGUGUGCCAAAAGUGUCGAUUUGCAACCAUCCAGUUCAUGACGAGAGAUGUAAUUGUCCUCUUACCGAUAAGUGCUGUAAAUACAGCUGUGAGUCCUUUCCCUGUAGCAACAUUUGCGUCAAAGGACUAUCUUGUCCCGUUCAUAUGAGACCAGCGACUCCAAAUUGCACCUGUCCAAGUGGCUUCAUGUGUUGUCACGGCAAAUGUCCCCACCAAACUAGAACACUUGCUUCAUGCAACAGGCUUGGAGGAUGGGUAAUCUCUGCUACGGGUCUCCCCAGUGGACAUGUCUGUUGCAAACUCCCCACAUGUGAAAGGAACUGCAGGAGUUUCAAGGCGAAAUGUGCACACCCAGCCACGUGCACACACAGGCUCAUCUAUUUGCAGGGGACAUGCUACUGUCCGCCUGACAAAGUAUGCUGCAAAUACACAUGUGAGCUAAGUGGAUGUAAAGGCGUAUGCGUGAAAGGCCCAUGCCCUAAAGGAAGUAAAAAGCUUGACCAGAAAACUUGCACUUGUCCGAUAGGUUCUUCCUGCUGCCUCUUGCCGUGUCCAUAUAAACCGUGCGUCACGAAAGCCACGUGCGAAGAGCACAGAGGAAAGGUUAUUCCUUCUUGGGAAUGUACGAAUAGCUCGGUUUGCUGCAAAGGAACAUGCGAGUGUCCACACCCACCAUGCAGGACCCUGCAUGAAUGUAUGAGUUUUGGCGGAACCCCUCUGCCGUCAUCGAACUGCAUAAAUGGUCUAGUUUGCUGUGACGCAAAUACUACUACUCCACCACCACCUACUACUCCACCUACUACACGACCAUCUACUACUUCACCACCAUCUACUAAUCCACCUACUACACGACCAUCUACUACUCCACCACCACCUACUACUCCACCUACUACACGACCAUCUACUACUCCACCACCACCUACUACUCCACCUACUACACCACCAUCUACUACUCCACCACCACCUACUACUCCACCUACUACACGACCAUCUACUACUACACGACCACCUACUACUACUGCUACUACACGACCACCUACUACUACUACUACAGGUGUAGCUGACACUGCUUGCUUCGUCCGUUUAGGCGGGACAUGCCAGCCAAACACCCUUCCUUGUCGGGGUAGCUACCUGUUAGGCAAAUGCGAUGGCCCAGCUACGAGACAAUGUUGCAUACCCCGCCGAUAACGCGAGUAGAAUUGCUACCUGUACAACACGUGGCUGUUAUAAAACGCGGAUUCCGCGGAAAUGUUUAACACAAGUCAUCUGUAAUCCCAUCCUGAGGAAAUCAGGGGUUAAUGUUCGUUUCUCCGGCCUUGCACUAAAAUCCUUGAGACAUUCGCCCUCACUUGGUGAAGUACAGGCGUACGUCAUCUUUAAGUCAGCACCGAGAUUAAACUAUCAACCUCGGUUCUAGUACUGUAUUUCUAUGAUUUGUAUGAAUCAAAACCGCACUCAGAUCUCUAAGAAGGAGUCACUGCCUCUCGUUGUCGGCAUGAUCAAAUGCGGAUCAUUCUCCAAAGCAGCGAUAACAUUCAAGCAUAGCAUAGGACUACUAUCUCUACUAUCCACUGCGCCGGAGAAUAGAUGCGAGUUUGGAUAUCGUUUUGAAAUUCCUAGACUCAAAUGUAAGCGACUCUCUGAUUGGGCUUGCUUAAUUCUGCGGCUACUUCACCAAAUAAGGGCGAAUGUCUCGGGGGUUUGUGUGCAGGGCCGGAGAAGCGUACAUUAAAGGCCAUGACUCCUACUUUUAUGAUUGCAUGACAUGUACAAAUCCUCAAAGACUGGACUUAAAGCUCCACAUUAAAUCAAGUUUGAUCAAAAUUGAAGCACCCAGUCAAGACAUAUAGCAAAGUAACUAUGUUGUUUACAUGUUAUGUAACAGGAUAGGUUUCGAAGCGAAGUCAGGCGGCUGGUUUACUGACAUAGAUCAGACUGAUGUUGGAUUUCUUACUAUGAAUAAUAUAAAUUUGUCUGUAUUCCCUAUUAUAAGAUAUAUCAAAGCUUUGAAUUAGAAAUACAUUAUGAUAGUUUAAGUACUGUAUAAAUGGAUGCAUUUGAUGUAAUUUUCUGUAAAAAGAAUCGAAUUUGAAAAAUUAACUAAAUUCUAUAGAUUUGCCUCAAUUGUUUAUAAAACCUAAAAUAGAACCAUAUUUGUUAGGGUAUAUGUUGUCCCGGGCCAGGUUGCUCAAUCGUCGUUAGAUGUAACGAUGCAUUUAAUUCUUAUUUUACUGUAAAUUAAAUUUUCUGUAAGAUAACGCUUAGUCGAACUAACGCUGGCGUUUGUCUCUAAUGCCGAUUGACCAACCUGCUCCUUGUCAUUUACUGAGGCCGAGGCGUUAUAUCAUAAGACGAAUGUGGUGUCUCAAAUGGGCACUCAACAGCAGUCCAACAUGUAUAUUGACCCUCCAAACUCAACCAUUUACCCAACAUUCACAAUCAUUAUUAAGAAUCACCCGGUAUUCGUGAGUCACAUACACAGGUCGAAGAUUAAUUGUUUCGGACAAGAGGUCAUUCAUUUAAUAUAUUACUCACGAAGAAUUACUGUAGACUGGAAAAAUUCGCGUGCAGAAUAUUUUCGCGAAAUCUCUUGCUGUUAGCUUGGCCCCAUGUCGAUUUCAGCUUAGUAAACCAUACGAUGAUAAAGGUGACAAAAAAUCAUGUGUAUACCGAGCGCAAUUAGCACGUAUCAUAAUUACACCUAACAAACACACCUCUCCAACAACUAUUUACUUUUGCCUAAUUAAGGCUCAUCUCGAGUGCCAUAAGCCUAUUCAUUCGACAGUGUUAACAAAUGAAAUUGAGUGUAUUAUAUCGAUGACAUUUACACUAGAGCCCCCUACACAAAGAUCUUUAUGUCAAAAUAGACAGUUUUAAUUUUGUUAAUUUUGUUAUUUUGUUUAAUUCUAUGUCUCGCGAAAAUAUUCUGCCGCGAAUAUGUCCAUCGUUUGUCAUUGGCAAACUUUCAGUUCUCCAGUAUGUUAUUUUUCAAAAUACAUGUAUUUAUUUGUUGUGGUUUUUAAAAUCGUUAUGGCCAGAGAUAUUUCAUUUGUUCAGUAUAAUGCAUUUCACUUUAGUACCUGUGUUCAAAACAUUUUAAAGUAAACCAAUAUUCACCUAAUGACACUAGCGAGUUUCCUCAAAUCUCACGAAUUACAAAUUACGAGUCACGAAUUGCUAUUUAUCCGAGAAAGAGACCACAAGUUCAUUGGUUUCUUAGCUGAUCAGCGUCGUACCCUUAGAAGAGUCACUCGGGAUCCAAAGUUAUUUCACCACUUCACUGUAAUUUCUUAGUCGCAGCGAUUUUUGAAUUCGUGGUGACAAACUGUUCUAGUCGUUACUGACUACUCUUGAUUGUCGCAAUGUCCGCUUUUCAAUACGACCGGAACUUGACGAAAGCAUUCACUCUAUCACACCAGAUAAAGCUGACUGUCAAUUGGAACGCAAGUUCCUGUGUAAUUAUAAGUUCGUAAUUCGUAAUUCAUACUCGUUACAUUUGCGGAAACUCGCUAUUAUUAACUAAGAAUCUUACAAGACUCUUAAUGAUUGUACAUGUACAUGCCUUCAAGAAUAAGAUCUUCACUGA